AUGCCUCAAGCCUCAAGGACCAAGAAACCCGACGUGAAAGUCGUCAUUCUGGGGGACAUGAACGUAGGAAAGACUUCUCUCCUCCACAGAUACACGGAGAGGAAAUUUAAGGACACUAUAAGCACCGUCGGAGGGGCGUUCUUCCUCAAACAGUGGGGACCCUACAACAUAUCCAUAUGGGACACUGCAGGUCGAGAGCAGUUCCAUGGCCUGGGCUCCAUGUACUGCCGUGGCGCGGCUGCAGUCAUUCUCACCUAUGACGUUACCAACUGGCAGAGCCUGGCAGAGCUGGAGAACCGCUUCCUGUCCCUGACCGACACCGCCAACACUGACUGCAUAUUCGCCAUAGUGGGUAACAAAGCAGACCUUACGGACGCUCUAGCUCAAGGGCCAGACACAGAGAGCGAGCGAGCGGACGAAGCCCAGCCCGAGGUCACGUGUCCGACUCCUCCCGGCACUGCGCUCCAGCACAAACAGGUGAGCAGAGAGGACGCCGUCGCUCUGUACGCCCGCGUGCUGCGCUACAAAGGCCUGGAGGAGAAGGCCUGUCUGCCUGCCGAGACCGUGUGCUUUGAGACGAGUGCUAAAACGGGUUACAAUGUGGACGUUUUGUUUGAAACCCUCUUCGAUCUGGUUCUGCCCUCCAUUCUGAAGAAACGGAGCGAAGGAGAGAGUUCCACUGUGGACCUGGAGACGCCAAUGGAGGUGAAAAGGACUAAAGCAGGAUGUUGUACCUAGAGCCAGGCAAACAUAGGAGGCGUGAGGAUUGUGGGAUUGUGUUGUCAAUCAGUGCCAAAGAAGGAAUGGAUAUAAAUCAUACCGCCACUAACUUAAACUAGAGUUUAUUUGAACUACUGCUAUGUGCUGAUUUUUUUAUUUUACUCCAGAGCAGUAUUAAAACAAACUUUUUUGGGGGGGAGGAAUUAAAAGAUAGAAUAACUUGAUCUUGCUGAAUA